AACCUUUAGGGGAGUAGUUAGGUGACCAAUAGGAGAUGCUGGGUGCUCAGUAACACCCUGGCGGCGGAUGAGCACAACGGGCGCCAUGGAGUACAGCCGAGCCAGCCACCGGCGGAGCAGCAGCAGCCUCAGAGAUGAGGACGGGAAGAUGAGCAGCUCCGAGGAAGUGUCCUGGAUUUCCUGGUUCUGUGGCCUGCGUGGAAAUGAAUUCUUCUGUGAGGUGGACGAGGAUUACAUCCAGGACAAGUUUAACCUGACAGGGCUGAAUGAGCAGGUCCCCCAUUAUCGCCAGGCGCUCGACAUGAUCCUCGACUUGGAGCCAGACGAGGAGUUGGAGGACAACCCCAACCAGAGCGACCUGAUCGAACAGGCGGCGGAGAUGCUGUACGGGCUGAUCCACGCCCGGUACAUCCUCACCAACCGUGGCAUCGCCCAGAUGCUUGAGAAGUACCAGCAGGGAGACUUCGGCUACUGUCCUCGUGUCUAUUGUGAAAACCAGCCCAUGCUGCCCAUUGGCCUGUCUGACAUCCCCGGCGAGGCCAUGGUAAAGCUCUACUGCCCCAAGUGCAUGGACGUCUACACCCCCAAGUCCUCCCGCCACCACCACACGGACGGCGCCUACUUCGGGACCGGCUUCCCCCACAUGCUCUUCAUGGUGCACCCCGAGUACAGGCCCAAGCGGCCAGCCAAUCAGUUCGUCCCCAGGCUCUACGGCUUUAAGAUCCACCCUAUGGCGUAUCAGCUGCAACUGCAGGCUGCCAGCAACUUCAAGAGCCCUGUCAAAACCAUCCGCUGAUCCUCCACCCGGGUGCCUGGGUCCCCAUCUCCUAAGUCAGCCCCUUUCCCUCUCCUAUUUCCCCCUGGGACAGGGUCCCCUUGGACUGGUCUGAGUCCCCCCCACUCCCUGCUUCCCUGUUACCGAGUCUGAUUUUAGUUACCUUUGGUCGUUGUUUAAAUUAAUAUUUCCUUCUCAGAAAAAAAACACAUAAAACUCAGAAAAAGUUCAGAA